AUCCAUCGAGGCUUUAGAUUUGGCUAAAGCAUCAGGAGUCCACAUACUCACAUUGCAUCCACAUACAUCUGGCAAAUUACAACCACUUGACGUUGGAAUAUUUGGACCUUUCAAAACAUAUUACAAUGCGGCAAUAGAAUCGUGGAUGUUGCGAAACCCCGGAAAGCCUGUUACCAUUUAUGAUAUUGGUGAACUUGUUGGAUCGGCUUUUCUCAAAGUUAUGACCCCUUGUAAUAUAACAAAUGCUUUCAGAAAAUGUGGUAUAUUUCCAUUCGACAAAUUGAUUUUCAGUGAUAAUGACUUCUUACCAAGUACGGUUACUGAUCGCCCGUGCCCGGAAUGUUCUCCGCGUGAAGAAGCUGUAUUUCAUUUGAGCCCUAUAUCAUUACCAGCAACAGCCUCACCAAAACACAUGCCUUUCACGUCGUCAAGCGUUACACCUACUAAGGAGAGUUCUAAAAAUGUCUAUGAAAGUGAACUGCCUACGUCAUCAACGUCUAAAAAUAAUACUGAAUCUUUUAAAUCACCAUUCGAGUUUAGGAAUCCAAUUAAAGCUGGGCCAAGGAAAUCAAACAGAAAAUAGAGGAAACUUGGCCGAAGCUUGAUAGCAACAGAUACGCCAGAGAAGGCUGAAAUAGAGAUGGAAAAAGCUGCAAGCAGGAGAAAACAAGAAACAAAGAAAAGAAAAACAGUAAAAAAAAUAAUGCAGAGUGACUCUGAUGAUGAUAUUGAAAUUCAACUGCAGGAUUCAGACGACAA